CGCGAGCCGGAGGAAGCGGCGGGCUUUCCGCAUUCGCAGGGUCCGGAGGGCCGCAGCGAUCGCCGGCGAAGGGGGUCGGGGGCCCUUUCCCGGUCCCUGCACCAUGAGCUGGGGCACUGAGCUCUGGGAUCAGUUUGACAACUUGGAAAAACACACACAGUGGGGAAUCGACAUUCUUGAGAAAUACAUCAAGUUCGUCAAGGAGAGAACGGAGAUUGAGCUCAGCUAUGCCAAACAGCUCAGGAAUCUUUCAAAGAAAUACCAACCCAAGAAGAACUCGAAGGAAGAAGAGGAAUACAAGUACACGGCGUGUAAAGCGUUUCUUUCCACCCUGAAUGAGUUGAAUGACUACGCCGGGCAGCAUGAGGUCAUCUCCGAGAACAUGACGUCACAGAUCACAGUGGACCUGGUGCGCUACGUACAGGAGCUGAAGCAGGAGAGGAAAUCGAAUUUCCAUGAUGGACGGAAGGCUCAGCAGCACAUAGAGACGUGCUGGAAGCAGCUGGAGUCGAGUAAGAGGAGGUUUGAGCGGGACUGUAAGGAGGCCGACCGUGCACAGCAGUACUUUGAGAAAAUGGACGCCGACAUCAACGUGACCAAGGCGGAUGUGGAAAAGGCGCGACAACAAGCUCAGAUGCGCCAGCAAAUGGCAGAGGACAGCAAAGCUGAUUACUCCUUAAUCCUGCAGAGGUUCAACCAGGAGCAGUGGGAGUACUACCACACCCACAUCCCCAACAUCUUCCAGAAAAUCCAAGAGAUGGAGGAGAGGAGGAUUGUGCGCAUCGGAGAGUCCAUGAAGACGUACGCAGAGGUGGACCGGCAGGUGAUACCCAUCAUCGGGAAGUGCCUGGACGGUAUAGUGAAGGCGGCCGAGUCUAUUGACCAGAAAAACGACUCCCAGCUGGUCGUAGAAGCUUAUAAGUCUGGAUUCGAGCCUCCCGGAGACAUUGAAUUCGAAGAUUACACACAGCCCAUGAAACGCACGGUGUCAGACAACAGCCUUUCCAGUUCCAAAGAAGGCAAGCCCGAGCUCAAGUUUGGCGGCAAGUCCAGAGGCAAGCUCUGGCCGUUCAUCAAGAAAAACAAGCUUAUGACCCUUUUAACAUCCCCCCACCAGCCUCCCCCUCCUCCCCCUGCCUCUGCCUCACCCUCUGCUGUUCCCAACGGCCCCCAGUCUCCCAAGCAGCAAAAGGAACCCCUCUCCCACCGCUUCAACGAGUUCAUGACCUCCAAACCCAAAAUCCACUGCUUCCGGAGCCUAAAGCGUGGGACUCAGUCUCUGUGUUAUCACAAAGAGCUCAUGAAGAGGACUCUAGGGAAACCCACGCAUGCCUUGGAGGCUAGGAACUAUGUUCUUUCGCUCAAGCUGGGUGUCACCCCGGAAGACUUCAGCAACUUCCCGCCUGAGCAGAGAAGGAAAAAACUACAACAGAAAGUGGACGAUCUCAAUAAAGAGAUCCAAAAGGAGACCGACCAGAGAGACGCCAUCACUAAAAUGAAAGAUGUGUACCUAAAGAACCCUCAGAUGGGAGACCCGGCCAGCUUGGACCACAAACUCGCCGAAGUCACCCAGAACAUAGAAAAACUGCGGCUGGAGGCUCACAAGUUCGAGGCCUGGCUGGCUGAGGUGGAAGGCAGACUCCCAGCUCGGAGUGAGCAGGCACGCCGGCAGAGUGGGCUGUACGACGGCCAGACACACCAGACGGUCACUAACUGCGCCCAGGACCGGGAGAGCAGCCCAGAUGGUAGUUACACAGAAGAGCAAAGCCAGGAGAGCGAGCACAAGGUGCUGGCCACGGACUUCGACGACGAGUUCGACGAUGAGGAGCCGCUUCCUGCCAUCGGGACCUGCAAGGCCCUCUACACCUUUGAAGGUCAGAACGAAGGCACCAUUUCGGUAGUUGAAGGAGAAACGCUGAGCGUGAUUGAGGAGGACAAAGGCGAUGGGUGGACACGCAUCCGCAGAAACGAAGACGAGGAGGGUUACGUCCCCACUUCCUACGUCGAAGUCUAUUUAGACAAAAACGCCAAAGGUUCCUAAUGGCGGUGCACAUGGCCAGAGUCCCCCCCCGGAGCCUCCCAGGAGCCACCGUCGUCCAGCCCAAUUGUCCCCACAGGCCUCCAGCGACACUCAGGCUGGCUGGGCAUCCUCAAACCCACCUGCGAGUUGGGUCCCCGCCUCCCCCUCUCCUUCACAGCAUGCUCCCGUGGCUCUGCCAUUAUUCCCUCUGCCUACUGUAUGGCACGGGUGUUUCUCUUCCAAAGCCUCCCACGGGGGCUGUGUGCUUCACUCUGCUCCCUUCCCACACAGGCCACCAAGGCAGCUGGACUUGUGCCCUGUGUCCCCGCUCCUUCUGGGCUCCCAGUCCACCUGCUCACCACCCAGCCACUCCUUGCACAUCUCACACUGUGCCUUUGUCAACCGUCACCACUGGUUUCCUGGUGACUAACAGAAUCCUGACAAGGGGGGGCCGGUGGUGCAUCAGGUGGACUGAGCGCCCACCUGUCAUCUAUGUGUCUCUCGGGACUCAUUGUCAAAUGCGUCCUUCUCUCCAGAGGCUGCUGCCUCGGGUCCUCCCCAUCAUCCAGCACUGUUACCUUCCAUACUCCAUCCUAGGGGAUCUAUGGUAGGACUGGGGCGCCCAACCCACAUCCACUCCCACUCUAGUUCUAAAUCAUCUACCUGGCCCAAGAAGGUCCGUAUCGAAGUCCCAAAUCCAACUUGUGGGCCAACCCCGCUGUCUUGUCUGUGUCUACCUUCUAUGAGCAUUGUCUGCCUGUUCUUGGUACCCUGUGAUGGAGGGCCUCACACCCGCUCUAGCUCAUUACUGUAAGGCGGGCCUGCCAAGUCCCGUAGGUAGCAUUCGAGGACUGUCCUAUGUUCCCACCAAAGACCUUGUGCCUCCUGUGGUCCCUCUGAUGGCUCUGAACACUGCUUCUGCAUUGGAUCCUAUUCUCCCGAAGCCCCGGAGAAUGGACGGAGCUUGCUUUUGAAGCUGUUUCCCUCCUAGAAUGGUAGAGCUUUUGGGGGAGAACCGAGGUGGUCCUUCGAACCUUAGAGCCGCGCUUUCUCUCCUUUCCCAGUACAAAAGCACUCAAGGCUUGGCCACAAGCCCCCGUGAAGGGCACCCCACAAGCUUGAACUUGAGGAGAUUGGCAUCUUCCUCCGGGCAGUUGGUAGCUUAGCUAACAUCGUCAGAGGAUCAAAGACAUGGGAGUCUUACAAAACCAGAGAUAGGGACAAAGAGGCAGGUUCUCAGGGUCGGGCCUGUGCUUUGUGGAAAUGCAGACAUUCUCCUCUUGUGGCACUGGUGUACCACCCUGCAGAACAGCACUGUCAACCUCACAGCAGAGGACAGGGAGAGUACCACAGUGGGGAGCAGCCGACAAGGGCCUGACUUUGGGUUUCAAGAGCAAGCAAGGAUUAGCUUUGAGGCAUUCUUCACCCUGCCUUCUCCCAAGGAAGGCCUAGCCCUGGGUCCAACACACUGCCCUCUGGGGCCCCUGCGAGGCUGUUCAGGACUCACAUGAGGAAGACCUAGGGACGGUAUGGAAGCCUGGUGCCUAAGAGUGAAGAUUGUCUCAGCUCUGACACAGUUACUCCACCAGGUUACUGGCCAUCUAUCUCCAGAACCUGUGAUUUCCACCAAGUUGGGCCGACCACUGUCCCCUCCAUGAGGAGCCACAGUGGUUUUUACCGGUCUGUUCACAGAUCUCAUUAGUGCAUGAAGGACGGAGAAAGGCUCUUGCCACAAAGGUAACAUGGAGAAGCUGCCAAUCUUCCUCGAAUGACUGUUAAAGCCUGUGCCUGUCUCCCCGCAUCCCCUCACUUCUUUUUUAACUUCCUGUACCACCUGCAUCCAGAAAGGAUGGAGGGUGAGCGUCUUCAGGCCGUUCUCUGAGCGAGAUGGUCUGCCGUGGAAACCCUGUGGAAUUGUACCGGCUGUGGGGGGAAGGGAAUGCAGGAUUUCCCCAGAAGCUCUACACUCCCUGUCCCCAGGACCCACUGCCUGUCACUCCUAGCUGCUAGUGUGCUGAUACAAGAAUGACUCACUGUAAAAGAACCUGCCCUGCAAAUGACUUAGAGACGAGAAAUAAAAGGAACUUGACAUUUACUGCUUUUUUUUUUCCUAUGCAGGAUGUGAAGCCGCAGUGGCUCCUCCCUCUGGGCUGAGCAGUACUCAGCCAGUGGGAGCAGCCCAAGUAACACAGGGGGAGGCCGCUAAAGCCUUCUGGUGACACCUGUAGUUAAAGUAGAAUGUCCACACGAAGUUAAAAAAACAAAAGUUCCGUUCCUGCCGGUAUUUUUCCAGAAACUGCAGUUUUGUGAUUUUUUUUUAAUUUUUGUGUCUGUACAUAUAACAUAUGGAGUGUCUCUAAUAAUGGCCCCGACUUCUCUUUUAGCCUGACAUCAAGCACCUUUUAAGUCAUGCCUGUGCGUGUGUGUGUGUGUGUGUGUGUGUGUGUGUGUGUGUGUGAGAGAGUGAGAGAGAGAGAGAGAGAGAGAGAGAGAGAGAGAGCGCUAGUUCUAAGCCUUGAGGGCGUGGCACUGUUGGAAAGGCCCUCACAGCUGUCAGGUCUUGGACUUGCCUGUGUCUCUGGAGGUGGAAUUAAAACCAAACAAAGAGCUUUCGGUAGAAAGCUCUCUUACCCUUGUAAUUAAAUGUUAGUCCUGUCGAUGUUAAAUAAAGUAUAACUUCUAGUGUA